GCAUAUCCAUAGUUUGUGGUGUUCAACCCGCGAACAACUAAUUCUUAAGAACGUCCGUACUUUCUUAGCUCCUUGGUCUUCCAUCAUUGAUUUGUUCUCUAAUGUGGUUCUUUUUAGUAUAUUAUGAGUCCACCGAGACUCCAACAUUUUAUUUCUGAAUUUGAGGAAAAAAAUUUAUACGUUAAGUCACCUGAUACUUUUCAACAGGUACUGUUUUUGCACUCCUAAAACGUUGUCGUUCUUAUUCAAUUUGAUCGUUCUCACACUUUUGCUCUUAAAUUCGUUUUUACACUGCUUUAUGCGCCUUGGCUUAUGUCAUCAGAACUAGUGCCCAUAAAUUUUGAAGUAGUAAAUGGGGGUUACAUUUUCUAGCAUUUUCAAAAGUCAGAAUAGAGAAGACAGCAAAGUACAACAAUAUAAAAAAAUUGGAAGGAAAAGGCAUUUUUUAUUUUACAUAACCCAUCCAGUUGUUUCACGUGGCCGUGUUCCAGUUCUGUGAUUGUGUAAUAAUUUUGAAGAUACGCAGACCCAUGAUAAUGAAUUCUAAUCACCAAACACUCGGGGGUUUGAUGUAGAUAUAUUUUUUAUUAUUUGUUUUUAUUCAAUCACUUAGAUAAUGAAUUCUAAUCACCUAGGACGCUGAAAUCCUAUUUUUAAUUAACUGAUGCGUUCCCUUUAAAUAUUUAUUAUUCAAUCACUUAGAUUUUUAAUCCAUACCUCUUCCAAAAUUUUGCAGCUUAGAAUUUUGGUAUUUUUAUGCGCUGAUUCUCUUUGCCGGGUAUCUUAAGAACGCAGAAGUUUCUGUGGAUGCCUUGUCCAUAUGGUGAGCAGAUAUAUUCGUGUGUGUGUGUGUGUGUGUGUGUGUGUCUAUAGACACGCAUACAAUAUGUCCAGCUUGGAGCAGUUUAAUUGAUGUGUAAAUACAAAUUUAAAUUACACUGGUACAGGAGUAAUAUACUAAUUCCCUAUAUUUGGUCACUCUAGCUUGAUUAUGGCAGAACAAGUCUUUUUUUCUUUUCUGUUUUUUUAAGGUAACAGGGGUAUCCGGGCUUUGCCCAGACUCUAAACAAGGCGUCCCUUCCACACGAGUUGGGUAACUAGUACAAGUUUCACAAAUGUUUUAUGAAAUUUGCAGCAUGAACAUACUGGGAUGGGCAAUCAUGGUAGCUUUCGGAUUCAAUGCAGCCACAAGUGUGAGAGUGUCAAAUGAACUAGGGACAGCACAUCCAAGAAGCGCGAAAUUCUCUGUAGUGGUGGUCUCGGUAACCUCGGUUUUGUUUGGUCUCUUGCUCGCGCUCAUUCUGAUCAUCAACCGGAGGCAGUACCCGGCUUUAUUUUCGAAUAAUGCAGAAGUAAAACAACUUGUAAUCGAGCUCACACCAUUGUUAGGAGUCAGCAUUGUCAUUAACAAUAUUCAACCUGCUCUUUCUGGAGUGGCAAUAGGGGCAGGAUGGCAAGCUAUUGUUGCAUAUGUGAACAUUGGGUGCUACUAUCUAUUCGGUAUUCCUUUUGGCCUCCUAACGGGAUACAAGUUCGGCAUGGGUGUCCGGGGCAUAUGGUAUGGGAUGCUGUCAGGAACAGGCCUACAGACCUGCUUCUUGUUCUGGUUGAUAUACAGAACAAACUGGAAGAAAGAGGCUUUGAUAGCUGGAGAAAGAAUAAAACAAUGGGAGGCGAAUUAGAUGCCAAAAAGGAAGGUGAAGAAAUUUGAAACAGGACUGUUGGAAAAAUAAACCAAAUACAUAAACUAACUCAAGUGUUAAAUACAUGAACCAACUCAUGUGUGGAAUACAUGCACUAUAUCAUUGGGAGAUGAAACACUUGUGUUAAACUUAUUGUUUUAUUUAUUGCCUUGUAAUUUGUGUCUUUCUAAAGUCAUGUAUUGGUGCCGAUAAAUACAUGUUUUUAAGUUCUUUGUAAGCAAGAAGUGGGAAAGAAAAUAUAUCAGAAUGGAGAGUUUUAUAUAAAAGUUGUGUGUGUUCUCCUUCUUCAUAUUGAGUGCCUCCUACAAAUUGGUAUCAGAGCCAAUUUUAAAGAAGAAGGUAGCAGAAAAAAUUUCAGA